UUAAAUAACUAAUAAAAUUCACCCUGUGUGGGAUGAAAUUUCAAAACAUUUGGAAUACUUUGCUGAGAGAGAGUGAAGAAGUUACACAAAAAUAUAAAGAAGAACAACAUCAGAAAAUAUCCUGAAUAAAAUGUCUGAAGAUCAUGAUGCCUCCUGGGGAUGGGGGGCUGACGAGAGCCCACAAGAUGAUGAUGAAGUUGUGGUGCAGGAGAACCCUGCUGCACAACUGCAGCCUCCUGGUGGUGAUGACGAUGAUGAUGAUGGUGAUGACAGAUCACCACUCCUUCCCGACCAACAGGGCUCCCGGACACACGCAAGUAUGGGCGACUCAAUCAUCGGAAAGCCGUCUCACAUGGCGCAAUAUAUUACGGCUCUUGCGGCCACCAUGGGCGCUCUCAGCAUGGGUGCUAUUCUAGGAUACUCUUCCCCUGCCGGGUCCCAGCUCAAGGGGCCAGACUUGCCACCAAACGUGACAUUAAAUGUCAGUAACAUUGACUGUCCCUUGAUCCACGACGAACCGCUAACUGACAACCAAAUCUCAUGGUUCGGCUCGACGGUCAACAUUGGGGCGUUGAUCGGGGCGCCGCUAGGAGGAGUUUGCAUUAAUCUCAUCGGCAGACGCACCACCAUGGUCGCUACCAUUGCUCCAUUCCUACUUGGCUGGUUUCUUAUUGAAUUCGCCAACAACUUCGCGAUGCUGGUGGCGGGCCGAAUUUUCUGCGGGAUUUGUUGUGGCCUCGUAUCGCUGUCCGUCCCCACCUACAUCGGCGAGAUCGCCUCCCCCGACAUCAGAGGACUACUAGGAACGGGCUUCCAGCUGAUGGUGGUGAUAGGAAUCCUGUACGUGUAUUCCCUGGGGGCGGGGCUGUGCUGGCAGUGGAUAGCGCUGCUCUGCCUCAUCCCUGCGGUCGUCUUCUGCGUGGCUAUGUUCUUCAGCAAGGAGUCUCCUGUGUUCCUCCUGUCCAAGAACAAGUCCCAGGAGGCCAAAGAAGCCCUCCAGUUCUUCAGAGGAGAACACUACAACAUUGAGCCUGAGCUGCAGCAGCUGACGCAAUCCAUCGAAGAAGCUCAGCGCAACAAAGCAUCUUUCCGGGACCUGAAAACUCCGUACAUAUUAAAGCCGCUGCUCAUAUCCCUGGCACUUAUGUUCUUCCAGCAGACUUCUGGCAUCAACGCGAUCUUGUUCAACCUCAACGAGAUAUUUAAGAGCGCGCACGUUGAACUGGGGGAGGACGCGUCGUCCAUCAUCAUCGCGGCCGUGCAGGUGGUGGCCACGUGUCUGGGCGCAGUGCUGAUGGACAGAGCUGGCCGCAAACUGCUCCUCAUACUGUCCGCCGGUGCCAUGUGUAUCUCCCUAGUUGGAAUGGGCGCGUAUUUCUUCGUGUCUGAACAAGAUCUUGAGAACCACACCACCAACGCUGACAGUCUGGGCUGGCUGCCCCUCUUAUCCAUGAUCAUCUUCAUCACCUUCUUCAGCAUCGGCUUCGGUCCCAUCCCCUGGCUCAUGAUGGGCGAGCUGUUCUCAGCGGAGGUACGGGAGCUGGCCAGCACCCUGGCCACCCUCACCAACUGGCUGCUCUCCUUCAUCGUCACGCUCGUCUUCCAGCCCCUCAUCGACGCAAUUAACAACUCGGGCGUUUACUGGCUGUUCGCCAUCUUCUGCGCCUGCAGUUUUGUCUUCUCGCUGCUUGUCGUGAAGGAAACCAAGGGCAAAACUAUCGAGGAAAUCACCUUCAUGUUCGGAGGACCACCCCCCAACGCAGGGGGAAAUGUUGCCCCCAGCAUCCCUGUUGUUGUUGUUGUUAAUGCUGCCCCAAACGUCUCCCCACCGUCUGGGGAAGACGAGAGGAAGCGUUCUACAGCCUCAUCGUCGUCAUCGUCGGCGUCCGAGGGCGCGGAUAACAAAGGCUUUGUUGCGUAAAGGGGACGGCGCCUGAUGUUGUGAACUUGUUAUAGAUUCUUGAACAUUCCAGUUAAUGGAGAUAUGGUGGAAAAUGGUAUUUUUUAGGGAGGUGAUAGAUUCUUGAAUAUUCCAGUUAAGGAGGAUAUGGUGGAAUGGAAGACUUUUGUGAACUUGAGAUAGAUUCUUGAAUAUGCCAGUUAAAGGGGAUAUGGUGGAAUGAAAGAUUUUUGUGAACUUGUGAUAGGUUUUUGAAUAUUCCAGUUACGGAGGAAAUGGUGGAAAAUGUCUUUAACUUUUGACGAGGGUAGGAGGAUAUAUUUUGAGGAGGGUACGGGGAGCAGAGGGAUGACUUUCAACACUGGUAGAUAGAACAGAAGGAUAUAUUUUCGUGGUGAUAAAGUAGCUGGGGAAUAUCAUUGAUAGACUGUAGGUAGAAAAGGUUAUUCUGAAUAUGAAAUGACUGUGUGAUAUUUUUUUAAACUGGGUACAUUGAAAAAAUUAUAUUUUUUGUAACCUAAGUAGGGAGGACAGGUUGAUACUUUUUUAAAAUUGGUAGGUAAAUUAAGAUAUUUUGAACUUGCUUGGACUGAUUAUUAGGAUAUUAUUAACCAUUUAAGGUAGAAUAAGUUAAUACUAUUUAUCCAGUGUACGUAUUACUAGAUGAAAUUUUGUACUUUAUCAAUUAGGACAACACAUUUUUGCAGAUUAAUUGGCAGCUUAGCUGUGCCGUUUCUACUUUUGAUUGGGUAGGAGGCAGUAGAAAUUUUGCAGUGCAAUGUAGCAUUUCUGGGUAGAAAACUGCGUUACGAACGUAGAGAUGGUAUUGUGUUUCAACGCUUCAUCCAGUAUUUUGAGUUUUGUACUAUUUAUAUCUACCGAUUUCCGUAAAUGUUACACGUAUGGAUGCAUAGUUUUAUUUAAGUGUAAACUGAUUCCAUUAUUUUUUUAACGUCUCGAGAUUAUUACUGAGAGGAAGUUUUAUUGUAUGGGAAAGAAAAAUCUAAACAGUGAGUCCAUUAAACAAGUCAUAUUAUUGCUGAAUUGUUAGUAAUUAAUAAUAUAAAAAUAUUAUUUAUCAAAUUAUUUACUACCGCUAAUUUUAAUUAGCAUAGAAGAAGUGGUUGUUGUAAUAUCCAACAUACGCUUUUGUCAACGUUUGCAUUAAUGGUCUUUCGUUACGUUAUGUUUAUGUGUUGUUUAUUUAUAGAUUAUACAUUAUGCAAUGUAUAUGGUGACGUUUUAUGCAAAUAUACAAUUACGUCGUUGACAUCACAAGAUAGUGCCUUAUAUUCUAGUAUGGAAGCAGUUGUUACGCUGCUUGUCAGCUAUUCGUUGUUCGCAUCAAGAUCAACUGUUUCGGUCUGUGACGCGCACUUAGAAUAAAAGUUUAGUAUUCGUC